AUUCGAGUGGGAAAGGAAAACCAGUAACACGAGUGACGAGCCACGUGCAGGACUGAUUUUUUUUACUGCUUACUUUUUUUAUUCAAAUACAAAAAAUAUAUAAAAUAGAAUUAUAAAAUUACGGUAUGACAGCCCAUUUAACAAAUAACUGAUCCAUGUCGUCCACCUACUACACCGAAAGGUCUCGUAAACGAGCUCGUGAGGAUGAAGUCGAUUCACACGACAGAAGGGGUCACUUUUCCGGUGACGGUGAACGUUAUCGUGGGGGAGGAGGAAGCCAUGGUCCUGCCCGAGGGGGGUAUGACACUUGUGACAGCGGUGGUCGUGUGGAGGGAGGCCGUGGUGGGGUCGUUGGUGUCCGGGCGGGGAGGGGCAGACCUCGACAAACGUUAGAGGAUCGUCGCCGUGAACGCCUAGAUAGGCAUGACCUCGUCGUCUCCCGUGAGGUGGACAAGUACGGGGAGAAAAUGACCAAAAUUGGCAGAACGGGAAAAUCUACUAACUUUUUGGCCAAUUACUUCGUCCUCGAGAAGCGGACGGAUUGGGCAAUUUACCACUAUCGCGUCGACUUCCUCCCAGCAGAGAAGGAGACUCGGAUUAAGAAAAAACUCUUUCGUGAACAUGAGGGGUUUUUUGGGGCGUAUAUAUUUGACGGGAGCUCACUGUACUUGUCGUACAGGCUUUCUCCAGACCCUAUGAUACUCUGCUCAAUACGUGACGAUAAGGAGAAGGUCGAGUUCUCUGUUCGCCUCGUAGCUGAGUUGGCCCCCACUGACGUGAUGUACCUCCAAAUCUAUAACAUCUUGGUUCGAAAAUGUCUUGAAUUCAUGGAUUUGGAGGAACUCGGUCGCCACUUUUACGAUCGCCAUCAGGCCAUCAAGAUUGAGGCGCACAGACUCGAACUUUGGCCCGGUUACAAAACAUCGAUGCGAAACCACGAGCAUAAUAUUCUUCUUGGGGUCGAAAUUACUCACAAAGUUCUCAGGACUGAUAAUUGUCUUCAUGUCAUGGAGAGGCUGAGGGGAGGGCAGAAUUAUCAGCAUGCCAUUAAGGAGGAGCUGGUGGGAUCAAUCGUUAUGACCCAUUACAAUCGAAAAACAUACCGGGUGGACGACAUCGAUUGGGAUAACUCUCCCGGAUCUACCUUUGACAUGAAGGGCCAUGGCACAGUCACGUUUGCAGACUACUUUGCAAAAAAGUAUGGGCUUCGCUGCACCGACAUGCUCCAGCCCAUGUUGGUGUCUCGGCCCAAGAAGCGGGAUUUCCACAGGGGGCAGACUGGACCUGUUUUAUUGGUGCCAGAGUUUUGUCAGAUGACAGGUCUCACCGACGAGAUGAGAUCAAACUUUCAAUUGAUGAAGUCAUUGACUGGAUAUUUACAUGUCAGCCCGGAUCGAAGAGUGGAAGCGGUAAAGAAGUUUAUGGCGAGGUUGAAGCAGGCACCAGGGGUGAAGGAAGAGCUGAGUCGUUGGGGAUUGAAAUUCAACGAUAAUCUCGUCCAAGUUAAGGGUCGCGUUGUGGACAGAGAGAUGAUAAUGUUUGGGCAGAAUCAACAUGAAGCAGCCUCCGGCAGAGCCGACUGGAACGCUGCAUUUAGAAAUCACGAAAUGGCAUCCUCCGUGCCGCUCGAGAACUGGGCAGUGAUCGUACCCCAACGAGAUGCGCAAGCGAUUGACGAGUUCAUAUCAGCGAUGCAACGGGUCGGAGAACCCAUCCGGUUCAGGGUGUCUCGUCCCAGAGAAGUCAUUCGAAUUCCCGAUAUUCGAAUUCCCACCUACUUGACUGCCAUCGAUAAGGCUAUGUCCAAUCAGAAGGGCAAAUUACAAAUGAUCUUUAUUGUCCUCCCGAGACAAGUUACCGAUAUCUACGCCGCUGUGAAGAAGCGGUGCGCCGUCGACUUUAGCAUCCCAUCGCAAUGCUUUAUCUCCAAGAAUGCCCAUAAUCCUCGCGGUUUGAUGAGUAUCGCUACCAAGGUUGUGGUCCAGGUCAAUGCCAAGUUGGGCGGAGAGCCAUGGUUCGUCCAAAUCCCAUUGAAGAAACUGAUGAUUGUCGGGUUUGAUGUGUACCAUUGCGGGAAGAGGAAGGGGGCCAGUGUGGGCGCUAUGGUGGCGACGACCCACGAAACACAAGCAAAGUACUACAGCACCGUCAGUUUUCACAACAGCAAGGAGGAGUUGUCCUCCAACCUGUGUGCCGAUAUGAUGAAAUGCAUGUACGCUUUCCAAAAGGUAAACAAAGACUUGCCCGAUCGCAUCAUCAUGUACCGCGACGGGGUGGGCGAAGGCCAGUUGAAUUUCGUCUUUGAGACUGAAAUAAGACAGAUUAAGCAAGCGAUGAAUCAAGUGUACACCGCUUCUGGAAAAGCUCUACCUAAGUUUUCAUUCAUCGUCGUAACAAAAAAGAUUAAUACACGAAUCUUUGCACAACUGGGUAACGGCAGGAUUGGGAAUCCCGAAGCUGGAACAAUAGUUGAUGACGUUAUCACACUUCCGGAGAGAUUUGACUUUUACUUGAUCUCUCAAUUCUCUCGGCAAGGGACCGUCUCACCGGCAUCGUACAACGUGCUCUGUGAUUCGCAGGGCUUGGACGCGGAUAAGAUUCAGCGCUUAACGUACAAGUUGUGCCACAUGUACUUCAACUGGUCGGGGACAGUCACCGUCCCUGCGCCGUGUCAGUAUGCCCAUAAGCUGGCCUAUCUCACCGGGGUGGCCCUGCAGGGGAACUCCGCCAGCGAGGGGUUGUCCCAUCUUCUCCAUUUUUUGUAAUGCCACAGUGAAAACUAAAGGGAAUAAUGGAUAGCAUUACUGCUACUAAAAGUUAUAAUACCCGUGACAUUUACAUAAGAAUUUUAUGUAUGCAAUAGACAAAUACCAUAGCUUACAAUUCUCUUUGUACAAUAUUAUUUUAUAUCAUUUAUUUGACAAAUCUUUUGUGAUCACUAUAUAGUCGGCAUUUAGUCAGCAUUAUUAGUCACUUAGAAAUGUAAAACAUGAAUAGAAAAUAAUUUAUGAGAAAAUACUGACUUAUUUAUAUAAAUACAUUCACCUUAUUUUGAAUACAUUUUUAUGUAAAGUGCUGAGUGAACAUAUUGUA